AUGCUCGGCAGGAGCAGGCAGCGAGAUAGUGACAGGGAGGAGGCUGCCUCGCAGCCUCUCCUGGGUCACUCGGAGGAAGACCACUCGUCAACCGACGUUUUAUUUUCCGUAGACGACGACGACGACAACACGGAAGAGUCCUCCCUGGUGGACAUUGCCAGCUCACAGACACCUAAGAGUGGACAUUCUGUACGAUUUCAGGAGGACGUUCAGGUGAUCGGCCCACCGCUUAGGUCGACCUUCGAGAGCCGCGAAGCCGAAUAUGAGCUGGACACUGAUGAUCUCGACGGAGAAGCCCUCGCACAGCUGGAGGCCGCACAGCAGCUGAGAUCAUCUCGAUCUAACCGCAACCGUGACCAGACUGUGCCUUUACUCGUUGGCCUGCUCGAUUCUGCCACUGCGCGCAGGAGUGUUGAUGGGUCCCUGCAGCUUCAACAACGUGGUGGAGAUGCAAAUGAGGAUGUGGAUCUGGAGGAACUCGCAGCCAAGAGGCUUGCUGGGGGUGGAGUAUUUGAUUCCGUUGCCAACAUGGCGAAUUCAAUCUUAGGCGCAGGGAUCAUCGGUCUUCCGUAUGCAGUGCGACAAGCCGGGUUCUUUACGGGGAUUGUAUUACUCGUUGUGUUGUGCGCCGUGACGGACUGGACCAUUCGCCUCAUUGUCAUUAACGCAAAGCUCAGCGGUCGAAAUUCGUACAUCGAGGUUAUGCAUCACUGCUUUGGAUCCAGUGGCCGUGCUGCAGUGUCAUUUUUCCAAUUCGCAUUUGCGUUUGGAGGCAUGUGCGCCUUUGGUAUCAUCAUUGGCGACACCAUUCCACACGUUAUCCGCUCGGUCUUUCCCACAUUAUAUACUAUCCCUGUGCUUUCCCUUCUGACGAAGCGCCAAUUCGUCAUCGCGCUAUGUACCAUCUGCAUAUCCUAUCCUCUCUCCUUACAUCGUUCCAUCGACAAACUCGCGCGAGCAUCUUUCCUAGCGCUCAUUGGUAUGGUUACGAUCGUCGCAGCUGUUCUCGCCGAAAGCCAGCGCGUUUCACCCGAACUCAAAGGCGAUCCUUCCAAAAGGUUCACGAUAUUGGGCCCGGGAUUUUUCCAGGCGAUCGGUGUCAUCAGUUUUGCGUUUGUCUGCCAUCACAAUUCCCUGCUUAUUUACGGGAGCCUUAAAACGCCAACACUCGAUCGAUUCGCAAAAGUCACUCAUAUUUCCACUGCCAUGUCGCUGGUAGCAUGUUGCACGCUAGCUAUAUCAGGAUACCUGGUUUUCACUGACAAAACACAGGGAAAUAUCUUGAACAACUUUGCAGGGAACGACACAGUGAUCAACGUUGCGAGGUUUUGUUUUGGAUUGAACAUGUUCACCACUCUACCGCUUGAACUGUUCGUGUGCAGAGAGGUCAUUGAGCAAUUUUUCUUCCCACAUGAACCAUUCAACAUGCAGCGACAUGUCUUCUUCACCACAGUUAUACUUUGCUCUUCAAUGAUCAUUGCGCUCAUUACUUGCGACCUCGGUGUGAUGUUAGAAAUUACAGGCGGUGCGUCGGCUACAGCACUGGCGUUCAUAUUCCCCGCCGCGUGUUAUCUUCGUCUGGCAGACCUUGGUCCGUCGUGGUACUCACGCAGUAAACUUCCCGCGGUCAUUUGCGUCGCUUUUGGCACUGUCGUCCUGGCCAUUUCGCUCUUCCUCGCACUUGGCAAGGUCUGGACACCCGAAGGCGGCGCUCGAAUAUGCGCGUGA